AAUUGGCUGAUGUUGGCGCGAAGGUGCGCCAGUCGGCCCUCACGCAGGGACCGCAGGAAACAAUAGAGGCCGCGCGCGCGGAGCGAGCGCCCGCACCCUCCCCGCCCCUCCGGCAACGCUCGAUCCCGGGAUCUCCCCCGGCUCUCCUACCCGCCAUGGCCGACAAGGAAGCAGCCUUUGACGACGCAGUGGAAGAACGUGUAAUCAACGAGGAGUACAAAAUAUGGAAAAAGAACACUCCUUUUCUUUAUGAUUUGGUGAUGACCCAUGCUCUGGAGUGGCCCAGCUUAACUGCCCAGUGGCUUCCAGAUGUAACGAGACCAGAAGGGAAAGAUUUCAGCAUUCAUCGACUGGUCCUGGGGACACACACAUCAGAUGAACAAAACCACCUUGUGAUAGCCAGUGUGCAGCUCCCUAAUGAUGAUGCUCAGUUUGAUGCGUCUCACUACGACAGUGAGAAAGGAGAAUUUGGAGGUUUUGGUUCUGUUAGUGGCAAAAUUGAAAUAGAAAUCAAGAUCAACCACGAAGGAGAAGUAAACAGGGCCCGUUAUAUGCCCCAGAACCCCUGCAUCAUCGCAACAAAGACUCCCUCCAGUGAUGUCCUUGUUUUUGACUAUACAAAACAUCCUUCUAAACCAGACCCUUCUGGAGAGUGCAACCCAGACUUACGUCUCCGUGGACAUCAGAAGGAAGGCUAUGGGCUUUCUUGGAACCCAAAUCUCAGUGGGCACUUACUUAGUGCUUCAGAUGACCACACCAUCUGCCUGUGGGACAUCAGUGCUGUUCCAAAGGAAGGAAAAGUGGUGGAUGCGAAGACCAUCUUUACAGGGCAUACAGCAGUAGUUGAAGAUGUUUCCUGGCAUCUGCUCCAUGAGUCUCUGUUUGGGUCAGUUGCUGAUGAUCAGAAACUUAUGAUUUGGGAUACUCGUUCAAACAAUACUUCCAAACCAAGCCACUCAGUUGAUGCUCACACUGCUGAAGUGAACUGCCUCUCUUUCAAUCCUUAUAGUGAGUUCAUUCUUGCCACAGGAUCAGCUGACAAGACUGUGGCCUUAUGGGAUCUAAGAAAUCUGAAGCUUAAGUUGCAUUCCUUCGAAUCACAUAAGGAUGAAAUAUUCCAGGUUCAGUGGUCACCUCACAAUGAGACUAUUUUGGCUUCCAGUGGUACUGAUCGCAGACUGAAUGUCUGGGAUUUAAGUAAAAUUGGAGAGGAACAAUCCCCAGAAGAUGCAGAAGAUGGGCCACCAGAGUUGUUGUUUAUUCAUGGUGGUCACACUGCCAAGAUAUCUGAUUUCUCCUGGAAUCCCAACGAACCUUGGGUGAUUUGUUCUGUAUCAGAAGACAAUAUCAUGCAAGUGUGGCAGAUGGCAGAGAACAUUUAUAAUGAUGAAGACCCUGAAGGAAGCGUGGAUCCAGAAGGACAAGGGUCCUAGAUAUAUCUGCAUUUCUUGUGAUUUUUAGGCUCCCCUUUUUUUCCUCUCAACCCUGAGAUUGAUUAACACUGGUUUUGAGACACACAGACUUUGUUCGGCUAUCCCUCUAUAUAGUAGGUACCACCAACAAUGCUAUUAGCCCAAACAGUGGGUUUUUUCUAAAUAUUAACUGGGGGACUUGAUUCAGCAAAGCCACAGGCUUAAAUUUUCUUCAGGAAUUUUCUAGUAACAAACCCAGGUCUAUAAGUAGCCACAGAAAGGGGAGUAUCUGUGUGAUUAUUUUUCUUGUUAUGCUAUAUCCCCAAGUUUUUCAGUCUCAUUUAAGUAAAGGCUAGAGUGAGUAAGGAAUAGAGCCAAAUGAGGUAGGUGUCUGAGCCAUGAAGUAUAAAUAUUGCAAGGUUUCAUUUUUAUUCAGGAAAUAGGGGAGAUUCAAGUCAUAGAUUCCUACUCUAGAAUCUUCACACCUGACUUUCCAGGAUGCACAUUUUCCUAUGUAGACCAGUCUCAGUUUCUUAAGUCAAAACUACAUGUUCCUCUUUCCCCAUAUAUUUUUGCUCGUUAGUGUAUUUCUUGAGCUGUUUUCAUAUUGUUUCUUUCCUUUCUGUGAAAUGGUUUUUGUUUUGUUUUUUAAACUUGGGACCACCAAGUUGUAAAGAUGUAUGUUUUUACCUGACAGUUACCACAGGUAGACUGUCAAGUUGAGAAGAGUGAAUCAAUAACUUGUAUUUGUUUUUAAAAUUAAAUUAAUCCUUGAUAAGAGUUGCUUUUUUUUAGGAGUUAGUCCUUGACCACUAGUUUGAUGCCAUCUCCAUUUUGGGUGACCUGUUUCACCAGCAGGCCUGUUACUCUCCAUGACUAACUGUGUAAGUGCUUAAAAUGGAAUAAAUUGCUUUUCUACAUAA